AAGCGCCGCUGGCGUAGCGAUAAUUACUCACAUCUUACGAUUUCCGGCUUCCUUUUUUUUUCAUUUCUCGGAAAUUAUUGUCAUUCGGUGUAUAUUCACCACUUGGAAACCAAAUAUAUGCGUUAAAAGGAGCAACUCCCACCAAGAAAAAAAAAAACAUUACAAAUAUCAAGAACAAAAUGCAAUUCAAAUCCCUCUUCGCCUUCGCGGCCCUUACUCUCAUCCCCGCUGUGUCCGCGCUUGGCUGCGAGGUAUUGAUCAGCAAGAAAUCCGGAGGAGAUGGUCCCGUUAAAUCAAGCUGCAUCCCCAAAUCCGGCUCAAAAGUCAUCGUCAUCAAUGGCAAGACCGUCACCGUCUCGGCCGAUGGUUCCUGCAAAUUUUCGAGCAAGGACCUUGACCCAAGUCUCGCAAUGAAAUUUGAGGGGGAUUGCAUAGGCAUUUGAUGCCAAGUGGAUGGUGGACUAUAGUUAUUUGCGGCCCCCAUUUUAUCUGUCUUGCAAGGGUAGUUUUGAGGCUCGGCCAGAGAGAGAGAGAGAGAGAGAGA